AUGAGUGGUAGAGAAAAUCAACAACGAAAACUAAAACGUAGAAAUAAUCAUCGAUCAACGAUAUUAUUAUCAAAUUUUACACAUGAAAAUUAUGUUAUAUUACCAUCGAAAAUAUCGUUAACGAGACACGAUUUAUUUCAAUUAGAAGAUAAAUUUCAUUUUCUAUUAAAAAAUGAACAAGCAUUAGAAAUUGGUUUAUGUUCAAAGAGACGUCGUAUCUAUGAUAAUUUAUUUGAUGAAUUAAUUCGAAUUAUAACAUUGGAAUGUACGGAACGAGGACUAGUAUUAAUACGAAUUAAAAAUGAAUAUAAACAAUUAAUGAAUGAAUAUGAAACGGUAUAUAAAAGUGGAAUGGCCUAUGCAAUGAGAUGUUAUUUGUAUAAAAUACAAAUGAAACAAGAUUUAGAACAAAAGAUAGAUAAGUUAGAAAAUGAUAUUAAACAAACGAAACGUGAAUAUCAACUAGAAAUCGAACGAGAACCAUCGAUAUAUCAAGAAACAGACGAGUCAAGAAUGUUAAAAGAAUAUUUGAUUACAAUGAGAACAACAAAUGUCAAUCUUAGACAAGAAUUAGAAACUAGACUGACAACAUUAGUAUCAACACCGAUUAAUAUCGGUGAUACUACGAAUAAUGUAAUGGAGACAGUUCUACAUCAAUAUAAAAAGAAAACAAAAAACUCUAAAUCUUUAAUUCGAACGAAUGAAUAG